AUGGUAGAGAUGAGUCACGAAAGGUGGAGUCGUUGAUGUGAAGCUGAGAUAGGCGAGGAGGUGAAGAUGAUGAAAGGUACAAUAGGGUGCGCAGCGAAAGUUCCUUAUCGAUAACCAGCUACGAAGGAAAGCCCCACUGAUCUCAUCGUCAUUCGAACCAUAAUCCAUCAUGGUACCAACCAGAAUUGCCUUCACAUUUCGGUGAUGUGCUUCCCACGAUAACACUAACCUUUCUCUUCUAUCUCUCAUAAACUAUUUCCUAUACUGUCGUGGAUGAGCAAAUCGGCCAAGUAAAGAGCUGAGUUGAUCAAGAAAGACGCAACAAAAUGGGACGGACCCAGCAAUCACAAGGCCUCGCACCGCCCUCCAUUCGCAAAGACGUCCGCGCGAAACAAGCAAGGCACGUCGUCAAUAAAGUGAUUCCCUCGCUUCUGGCGUCGAGUGCGCGGGCGCGGCGCGGCGCGGAUGGGAGUGCGGUGUUUGCUGAUCCGGGGCCGAAUCUCGGUCAUAGUAGUCAUGGAGAGAAGGACGGGAAAGACGAAAUUGAGGGGGAUGGGUAUGUUAAGAGGAAGGGGCAGGGGAGGAGGAAGGUUAAGGGCGGUGAUGGGGAUUCUUCUGCGAAGGAGAGAAAAGGCGGUGCUGGUGGUGGGAAGGGGAGGAAGAGGGGUGGUUCGGUCGAUGAAGCGACUGGGGAGCUUUCUUUGGAUGGGAUACUGGUUAAGAGGAAGGGUGAAAGGGUCGUGAGGGUCGUUGCGACAGACACGUUGACCGCCGCGCAGAUGCUAUCAACGCAGGCCUCAGGCGAGAAGAAGAAGCAACCGAAUCCGAUGGUUUUGAACAUGGCAUCACCGCUUCGUCCGGGUGGCGGUGUUCUCGUGGGCGCGACGUCGCAGGAGGAAUUUCUCUGCGCGCGAACGACGCUGCUCCCAUCGCUCAAGGAGGAGUUCUACAGAUUGCCUGAGAUCGGGGGGAUCUACACGCACGACGUCUUAGUGUUCCGUGACUCUUCGUCGCUGGGGAAAGCGAGCGGUGACUUGGGGCCUGCGGGGCGGUACUGGAUCGAUGUUGUUUCUGCCGGGAUGCUGCGAUUUCCGGAUUUGGAGGGAGAUGGAGAGGAAGAGGAGAGACGGUUGGGGAAGAAGGAUAGGGAGUUGGUGGAGGCGAAGAUGCGGGCGGUUUUGAGAAUUGCAUGUGCGAAGGGGGUGAAGAGAAUUGUGCUGGGGGCUUGGGGAUGUGGUGCGUAUGGGAAUCCAGUCAGGGACAUUGCACGGGCUUGGAGGAGCAUUAUUGAUGGAUCUUCUCGUAGCGACGGGACGAAGAAGGGAAAAGGUAGUCUGCAAGAGAGCUGGGAUUCAAUCGAGGAAGUGGUCUUCGCGAUAGCGAACAGGAAAAUGGCAACAGAGUUUUCGAAGCACUACGACAGGCAUAUUGAAGUCGAGGCCGGACCUGGCGGAUCGAGAUAUCAAGAAGAUGAGGAUGAUGAAGAGGAGGAAGAGGAUCCUGUCGCCGAGGAACUACGGACUAAGAUCAAUGAGAUGGAGGGCCAAUUGGUCCAGGUGUGGAAUGCGGAUCUAAAAGCGAGAUUGGAGGUGAUCCUGGAUGGGUUGAAGACCCAACUCAAGGAAAGAGAAGCCGAUAUCCAGAUUGAUGACGAAGAGGGAGGAGGAAUAGACGUGAACCAGACAGGCGAGGAGAAUGGUGGUGACUCCAGUGACUCCAAUGAUUCCUUCACAGUCUUGAACUCAGCACCCGAUGAAGACGGAGAAGAUACGGACGACGAUAUUUUCGAAGAUCUUGGAAAACGAAAUAGUUUGCAAUAGCAUGGAAUCCACGACGAACCCUUUUAUUCGAUACGGAAUAUGCAUAUCAAUGAAAGAUCUUGUUCAUUUGGGCUCCCUUAAACUGCGUUGAGUUAUUGCAUCGCGAUGAUGAAUCUCUAUAUACUCAUAAGUAAUACAAUGAAACAAAUGGAGAUGGGUAUCGUAAAAGAGUGUGAGUGUAAUGCCGAUGAUUGCGCUGUACAAAUGCAUUCAAACGCUC